AUGCCUGGUGUACAACACUUUGCCAAUACAUCAGAAGAGGAAGUGGAAAUUGUCACGGAUAUUUGCUCAAGGCUAAGGGAAGAUCCCUCCCUUGAACCUAUCAUCAAAUUCCUAACAGAAGAUGCCAACAAUGCUCCCCUGUCCAUACGCAAAGCUUAUUGGGACUAUGAUUGGGAGGAGGACCUCCUGUGGUACCAAGGGAAACUAGUUGUUCUGGAUUCAGAACCCAUCAAAGAAAGGCGUUUGAGGGAAUUCCAUGACUCCCCAUUGGCAGGACACCCAGGCCAACAAAGGACGCUUGAACUUAUCAACCAGAAUUAUUGGUGGCCUGGAAUGAAAUCUUCAGCUAAGGAAUGGGUCAAGUGCUGCCCCAUAUGCCAAGCCAACAGACAAGCCCACGCUCCAGUAAUAGCCCUGAAGCCACUGGAAGUUCCCCCAUUCCUGUUCCACACUAUCUCCUAUGACUUUAUCACAGGGUUUCCAAAGUCCCAGGGUCACAACGCUAUCCUAGUAGUGAUUGACUCCUUCUUGAAAUUUGGCCACUUCAUCCCCACUUCCAAGAAGGUCACUGCAAAGGGGCUAGCUGAUCUGUUCAUCACCCACAUCUGGAAACUCCACGGGCUGCCUGUCAAAACCCGGCUUGGAGUCAAACCAGCGUUCUCUUUGGCAUACCACCCAGAGUCAGAUGGACAAACGGAAAGAGUCAAUCAGUUCAUUGAGUUUUACCUACGCUCCUACGUUGCAGCCAACCACUCCAACUGGGCUGCCUGGUUGCCUUUGGCAGAAUACGCUUAUAAUAAUGCCAAACAUGCAGCAACUGGGAAAACACCCUUUGAACUUGUCUAUGGGCAAAACCCAAUAAUGAACCCUUCCAACAUUCCAGCCAACGUCCCGGAGGCAGAUGCAGUAGCAGAUACAUUGGCCCAAGAAUGGAAAGAAGCCAAGUCAGCCCUCAGAAUGAGCAAAGAACGGAUGACCAGGAGCCAGGGAACAGUACCAGAGUAUUCAGUAGGCAAGAAGGUUUGGCUAGAUGGGAAGAACAUAGAACUCAGGACCAAUUUGAACAAAUUAGACCCCAAACAACUAGGCCCAUUCAAAGUUGUUGAAAAAGUCUCUAGCCACGCCUAUUGCCUGGAGCUACCGGAAACUCUAAAGAUCCACAAUGUCUUUUAUGUUGGGUUGCUAUCCAGGAGCCACAAAUCACCAAACCAGCCAUUCCCAAAACGUCCUCCCCCUGAGACAAUAGAGGGAGAAGAAGAAUACAAGGUCAAGCAAAUCAUUGACUCUAAACAACAACAGGGCAAAUGGUUUUAUCUGAUAAAAUGGAAAGGGUAUGGACCAGAGGACAAUUCCUGGGAACCAGAGGAGCUACUGGAGCAUAGCCAAGAAGAGAUUAAGCAAUUUAACCAGACUAGGCUCAAAAAGGCUUGUGACUCCGCCAAAAGCCUUUAA